CAAAAUAAUUUGUAUUUACCGCCAGUUCCCUGUGCGGAGGACUUGAGUGUUUCCUAAAUUUAUUGUAAAAAUGAAGGUGAAAAAAGCAAUGAAAAGAGGUAAAAAAGUGCCAGUGUUGUCAGAGUCCGAGUCCGAUUCGGAGUACAAUAGUUCAGACGGAGAAUUACAGGAAGCUUUUACAAAGGGAUUAUUAAAACCAGGUCUUAACAAAGUAAUCGAGAAAACGAACAAAGUACACAGGAAUUGCGUAAGUCUUAUGAAGCAAAAAUUAGAGGCUAUUAAAUUAGAUUUACCUUGGGUGGAAAGAUUAGAUAUGAUUAAUAUGCCAGCACCUUUAGCACCAGAGUUAGCAUUGCAAAUGCAAGAGCAGGAAGUGAGACGCUCAAAGCAGUUGAAGGGAAAUAAAAAGUUACCCCAAUACGAUCCCUCAGAGGAUCCUGUUCUAAAUGAUUUUCGUAGGGAGACAAUGUUUCACCGGCAAGCCCAAGGAGCUGUCAUGGAUGGUAUCGUCAGAUUGAAAAAGCUUGGAAUCCCAACAACUAGGCCAGAUGACUACUUUGCUGAAAUGGCAAAGACUGAUGUUCAUAUGCAAAAAGUCAGAGAAAAUCUCAUGAAAAAGCAAACUAUAGCACAGAGAUCAGAAAAGAUCAGGCAACUUAGACAACAGAGGAAAGUAGGAAAGCAAAUGCAAAUAGAAGCAACUUUGAAGAAACACGCAGAAAAGAGAAAAAUGUUAGAGGAAGUUAAGAAAUACCGUAAAGGUAUAAGACACGAUCUUGAUUUCUUAGACGACAAAAAGAAGUCUCAGAAAAAGAGUGUAGAUCCAAAGGUUGCCGCGAAACGAAAGAUGAAGGAUUCUAAAUUUGGUUUCGGCGGUAAAAAACGUGGUAACAAGAAAAAUACAAGAACGAGUUCCGCGGAUGUUUCGGAGUACAGGAGGCCGUCGAAGCCGGGAAAAGAAUUAAAGAAAAAAGGUGGAAAACCAAACCAGAGAUUAGGAAAAGGUCGUAGGGUGCAAAUGAAAGCGAAAAGGAGACGGCAAUAGAUGUUCCUUUAUGGAGCUGAUAUAACUCGUUUUGGACAACCAAGUGAUUCUGGCGUUCGAGCAUCGGUAAAAUAAAUUGUUUACGUAAUUAA